UCACAAAUUACAAUUGGUAUGUAAAAAAUGACACAGAGUUCUUUCAAAUUUCAUUGUGUCGACAUAUCAGCUUAAUGGAAAUUACUGAUCGCCCUAUAACUUGGUAACAUGACAGAAUAACACGACUUGCUAAAAAAAUGUGUGGUUCACCGCAAGUUUAAAUGAUGACUACGAAUGGUAAUAACAAUAAAAUAAACAAAGAAGUAAUUUAUAUUUUAUGUUUUUCUAAGAACCCUGUCGCUAAUGUAACCACAAAGAUGUGAAUCAUGAAGAUAACUAAUCGUGACAUUAGCGUUAAGACUAGAGUGGCAUAAAAAAAAUGGCGCAGAAAGGUUGUGAACCUGAACGAGAGAUACUUCAUCGAUAUUCAGAACCUUGGGAAAAAAGUGACUUUAUUUUAAAAGUAGAAAGCGAAAAGCUACACGUGCACAAAACAGUACUUGAGUUAGCAUCUCCUGUUAUUUCUAACAUUUUGCAAUCGACAAGAACAAGUGAUGAACUUUUGAUAACAAAUAAAAAGGUGAAAGUAGUUGUUUUAAUGUUGGAUCUGAUCUACCCAGCAGGUCCUUUCAUAGAAGAUAUAACCUGUUACAAAGAAUUGCUCGAUUUGUCCAAAGAAUAUGAAAUUGUGAAAAUCCGCGAAACUGUCGACCGACUUCUAGCACAAAUCAUGCUAAUUGAACAGACUAAAUACAACAACAAAAGUUAUUUUAGUUCUUUGAGAUUCAAAAGUGAAGAAAUAAAAUCCAUGGUUCUAGCUAUCGAAUAUUUGAAAGCAGCGGAGCAGCAUUGCUUGUUAAAAACAAAGGAGAGAUGCUGUAGUUUACUUAUUCAUUGUUGCUAUGGAGAGCCGUUCGAAUCAAGAGAAUAUCGAUCUCUUUCUCCAGCCAUUCAACUUAGUAUAUUAAAAGCAAAAUUGCAACCCCUAAAAGUUAACAACAACUCUAUCAAAUCAAUUAUCAAGUUUUGAGGAAAUUUUUAUUUUUAGAGUUUUUACUGAAAGAGUAAAUACAGUUGCACCUACAUUUUUCAUUGAGCAUGCAAU